AUAAUUUAUAAUAACAACAAAGCGUCAAAGCGUGCAAUUUUAAAAAUUGUUGUAAUUCACAUUCUAGAUUCUACAAGUUAAUUUAUAAUACAAUACCUACUUGAAUUGAGUUACUGAAUAGAUUUCUAGUUUUGUCUGUUUUAAUAGUUUAAAGUCCUGUUUAUUUCAUGUGAAAAACAAAGUGUAAUACUCCUCAAGUUGCUUUAUAUUGUUAAACUUAACUUUGUUUGUUUAAAGUAUCUAACAUGGAUUGGAUGUACGAUGGUACACGAAUACAAAAAGACGACUAUCUUUUGGGGAAGAAAAUUGAUAAAAAAUAUGGCGAAAGCGCAGAUAAUGAUUCAAUUUUACCACCUAAAAUAUGCUCGACAGAUAAAUUUUCUCAAGUAGAUUUGACAAAAAAGAUUUCAGAAGAUCCAUUGGUAAAUAUUAAAAAGCGGGAAAUUGAAGUUGCACAAAAAAUUCUUCAAAAUCCAAUGCUCCUGAAAAAACAAAAAAAAAUUCAAGAAGAAAAACAUACUAUUGAUGAUCAUCAGCUAGAUAUGAUAUUAGUUAGCCGUUUGAAAUCAUAUGAAAAAGCUGGAUUAGAUCUUGCAAAGAUACUGUCUAUUACUAAGCACAAAGAAAAAAAAGAACAUAAAAGAAAAAACAAGUCAGAUCAAUCCAGUUCUGAAGAAGAUAAAAAAAAUGUCAAUCAUGAAAAAUUGACAAGUAAGAAAAAUAAACAUUUACAAAGAUCUGGCAGUUUUGAACGAGAAGACAAGAAACAAAAUGAUAAAAAAUCUCUCAAAUAUGGAGAUAAUAAGCCAAAAUACAAUAAAAAUAAAAGAGAAAGAAAGACGUCAAUUUCAUCUUCAGAUGAUGAAGUUUCUUCUAAGAGAAAUAAAUUAACAAAUGAAUAUAAACAUCAUAAGAAUGAUAACCAAAAACAUAAAGAUCAUCAAAGAAAACAUAGAUCAGUUAGUACUGAUGAUAGAGAACAUAGUUUUCGAAAUAAUAAAAAUAAAAGAAAUGAACGGGACAGAUCUAUCUCGGAAGAAAAAUAUGAACAAAAUUAUAAAACUUCCAAAAAUAAACAUAGAAAUAAUCAUAACGAUAACGAUAAUUACAAAAAGUAUAGUGAUGAUAUGAAAAAAGACAGAAAAUAUAAAGAGCAAGAAUCUAAAAGUAGAGAGAAAAGACAUGAUAAUAAAAAGAAACAAACAUUAAGUUCAGACAGAGAACUGGAACAUAAAAAACCAAACAGUACUUCUGAACAUGAUAAAUAUAAGACUAAAAGUAAUAACCAUAAUCAUAGAUCAAAUAGUUCUGAUAAAGAACACAAAUCAAAAGUAUCUAAAGAUUCAAUAAAUAAGCGUUAUACAAAUUUGAAUAGUCAAAGGAGUAGAUCAUCAGAGAGUCCCCCAAAAGGGAACAAACAUCACAAAACAAAUGAAAUUAAAAAAGAUAAAAACAAACGAAAGUCUAGUAGUUCAUCAAGUUCAUCAAGUUCAGAUAGUGAUAGAAAGAAUGAUAAUGCAGUGAAACAGAACUCCAAACAUCGACAUAGUUCAGAAGUUCAAUCAGAUAGUGAUAAAGAUGAACACAAAGGAAACAAGAAUUAUGGAUUAUAUGUACCUAAUGGUAAAAUUGUAAGAAAAUCAUCUAUUAGUCCGACACCCGUAAAAGAGAAAAAAAAUUCAAGUAUUGUUCCACCCAAACCACCACCUGCCAAGAAAAGGAAAUUGACUGAAAAAGAAAUGGAGAAAAUGAGAAUAGAAAUGAUGGAAAAUGCUAAAAUUAGAGAUAAAGAACGCUCUUCUAAUGUAAAACGUUACAGAAAAGAAGACAAAAAAGAGGAAGAAAAACAAAAACCAUAUAAUAAGGACUUUUUAAUAAAACAAUUGGCACAUGCAGCUUCACAAGUUAGUGUUGAAAGAAGUAUCAAGUCAAAUGUCAAUAAACUACAAAAAAAUAAUAAUAGUAUUGCUGAUUAAUUUUGUUUACCUAUUUGUAUGCAAGUUAUCAAUAUUGUUUUUUUAAAUUAACAUUUUAUCGAGCAUUUUAUUGAAUUCAUUAUAGUUUAAAAUGUAUUUUUGUGUAAUAAUUUUUUUUAUUAUUUUGAUUAUGUACUAAAUUUAAAAAAUGUUAUUGUUAAUGUCAAUUAAAGUUAAUUUGAUUUGUUUACUUUGUAGUCACUUAAUGUGAAUUAAAAAUACAUGUAUUUGCAUCUGACUUUGAAUUAACUUAAAAGGAUGUCAGUAAAACUAUUUUCUUUCUGAGCCAUGUGCGCUAUAGCAAAUUUGUGUUCAUCAAAACAAAUCUUGUGAUGUAAACUUUGAUAUGAGUAAAUUUGUUAAAAAAAAAUCGAACUAUUAUUAAACUUUAAGCGGAGAACAUAUUUGUAUUUAAGUGUUACAUUUUAUAUGAACUUUGAUUUUUCUAUCAUAUACAAGUAUUUUUAGAUUGUAAGAUUUUACAUAUUAUUACUUGAAUGAAAAUUGAAAUAUUGUAAAAAACCCUAUCUAGAAAUAUAAGUAAUUUUCCUAAGUUUGAUAAUAAAUGAAUAACUGAUUGGUAAUAACUUAAUUUACUUCAUAGACAUGAAAAUAUAAAAUACUAUAGUUCUGUAACAUAUUUAUGGUUCACUUCAAUAUUAAAGCUAAUAACAUUUAAUUGAUUCUGCUUGGUACACAUUUUGUCGUAAAUGGUUAGUCAGAGAAAACAAAUAGUGCGCUAACAUUCAAAUGUCUUAUGUUCGAAUGACAUUAUUAUUUUGUCCUGUAUAUUUUAAAGUAAUUUUCACGCAUUGUCUAUUAAUAUAAGAAAAAUAUCAGUUAGUAAAAAAAAUGUUAAUAUAUACAUUUAAAAUCAAAAUGUAUAAUGUCAUUAAACUACUUUUAUAAUAUUA